AUGUCAUAUAAACGGAUUCUAAAGUUGGGUGGGGUUGGACUCCUCACAUUAACAUGUGCCAUGGGCGGGAUGCGCUGGAAUAGACUUCAAAAGAGACAAUGUGAACUAGAUAACCAAUACGAAAAACUGAUAGUUGAGUUCCGUCUGUACAAAGAGGAGGAGUCGCGCUACUCAACGGAAUUACGUGAGAGGGAGAAAAAGACGGUUCUCUUGCAUGAGACCGUUGACACCCUUUGGAAAGACCGCCUCGAACGCUACAAGAGGGCGAUAUUGGAUCAGUACGCCUACUUAAAGGCGAUGCCAGAGGCUCUGGGUUCUUUAAGUGGCAUCACCAAUCACUAUCGCUAUAUGACUGAUAACAUGGACAAAUUUGUAGGGUUUGAUGUGUCAUGCUGUCAACUACACAACCUUGCGCUUCUUCUUGAACACGCUCAUGUAUUUGGGAUAACGCGCGUUCUUGAAACCAUGAAAGAGUUGUUUGCGUCUGAGCCUCUCAUCAAAGCGGCAUGCGAAAGUGUGGAGCAAACCGUAGAGAUUAGCUGUCCGAGUACUGUGGCCGAGACCAGCGCGGCUUUUAUUUAUUGCUUGGAGGCUCUGGAUGAGGCAGUGUCUCGCCGUUCGAGCACCCUCGCAGCCGCCACGGAAGCUUCCAGUUCAAGCCCUGUAUCGGAUGGGGUGCGUGAAUUAGUGAAAAAGGCGCAUCUUUCUACUCUUAGUCGAGAUCAAAAGGCUCUGUAUGACAAGCGGUUGGCUUUGAGGAAGCUAGUGCAGCAGGAGAAACGCCAGAUUCGAACCAAGGAGGAUGUGCGCUUGGCCAUUGAGUAUGCUGAAAAACUACAAGUCUAUUUUGCAAACCCGCCCAAGAAUUCCCCAUGGUUUUUUAUUAGGCGUAAGGAUAAGUUCAUGGAUGCGGUGCGGUCUGACGCUGAGGUGAAGCGUGCACUUCAACAAAUAGAGCUGUGGCGAAAUACGGCGGCAGUUUUUUUUCUGCGACAGCAGGCCCAAGAUAUUUUGGACUAUUAUCAAUUGUUGCUCGCUGAAUCGCUUACAAGUGUAAACAAUACCAAAUCCUAA